CCCAUCCCCUCCACCACGCCAUCAUUCUCCACACACAACAAAUCUCAUUACACAGAGAGACCCUUCUUUCAAACCAUGGAUAGUUUGCUGAUGCAGAUGAGGGCCAAAUAUCCCAGAGCUAGGCCACACAACAGAGAAGAACAAGGCAGUAGCAGGGAAAUAAAUUUGCCUCCCCAAAAGUCCCAAUCUUUCAAAGAGAAGAAAACGGCGGGGAGGUGGCUGAGAGAACAAUUUUCUCGGCAAAUGAGUGGAGAUAAUGAAUUAUCCGAUGACGGAAUAUUAGAGCACGUGGCCGCCGUCGCAGCAGCGGUCUUUGCGGUGCAUUCCGUUAAUGAAGACCAAUCAGAAAUCGCCACACGGAAAAUUAACUCCGACCGCCGUGAUCGUGAAACGUCGUCGUCGGCGAAGAUAAAGUACAUCAAGGACGACGACACUCGCCCCCUCGCUCCACGUCCGGCGCCGGAUCCUUCCAAAGUUUCCCGGCGGCCCUCCAAUAAAGAUCCCGGAGAAGGCUCAGAUGGGAAACAAAAACAGAAACCAACAGAUCAAAAACUAACGGAUCCUUCUUCUUCAUUAUCCAUGAGAAAGACUCCAACUUUUUCAGACAACAAACCAGACAUCAUCUCCGGCAGCAGAAAAUUCUCAGAACCCCAAAAACCAGCAGUACUUCCAACUCCGACUCGGAUUCCGACUUCGAGACCUCCAACUCCGACUCCGACUCCGAGACCUCCAACUCCGCCCAUCUCUCGAAAGCCAUCGAAUUCAACUGGACCACCCGAAACAAAAGAAACUAACCCAUCUAAUCCAACACAAACAAAAGCAGAUUUCUGGGAAAAGGCUGAGAUGGCUAAAAUCAGAAACAAGUCCGAGAAGGUGAACGAGACAAUUUCUUACUGGGAAACCAAGAAGAGGGAGAAAGCCAUGCGCAAAUUGGAAGAAUCACAGGCGGUGGGAGUGAAGAGGAGGAAGAGGGAAAAAGGAAGAAAAAAGUUCGAGGAGGAUAUGGAGUUUAUAAAGCAAAUAGCAGCAGAAGCAAGAGCCAAAGCAGAGGAAAAACGAAGGAACGACACUCUUAAAGUCAAGCAGAAAGCAGAUGUUCUCAGAGAAACAGGGGACCUCCCUGUUACUUGUUAUUGCUGCUGAAACUAAAUUGUGAUUCUUAAUUUCAAUAUUAGUAUUUGUAAAUAUUCCUAUCAUAACUUCGUUGACCAUCAAAGUGUAAUGAUUUGACUGAUUUUUUCUUUUUGAACCUUUUCAUUUUUUGUAUUCAAACUAAUGAUUGCUUUGUGGAAAAAAAUAACCAGUAAU